AUGAAAUUGUAUGUUACUGGCGUAGAUGUAAAGACGUGUGCAUGCGCAACUCUAUACAACUGCUUAUGCAUGUGCGUGCAGCAGGUAUGGAUUUACAAUACUGUAGUGACUGUAGUACUUUGUAUCAAUGACGUGUUCGAUAUGUAA